GUCACUGACGUCACCCAGAUCCCGGACCCGGCGAACCCCAGCCAGGAGCGGUGUGCGAGUGUCAACAAAAAAGUCCUUUUUGAACAGACAGGGACAGUUUAUCGACGGAAAUUUUUGCGAGGACCUCUGUGCGGGUAUGUUUAAGCGAUAUGACACAGUAACAUGUCGUCGUUUUGCGGGUUUGCGGUGAAACGGGCUGAAUUUUUCAUUUACGAUUUGACUGGCUAGCUAGGUUGCUAACAAGAUGGCUUCGUCUAUUUACUGCGAAACAAUAACAAAGAAUGACUCACACCGCAAAUAUUAAAGAGACAGGUGCUGGUUUCGGUGUCAUUUAGAGUGACAUUGAAACUGCAAGUAUAUCUAAAGUGUAAACUGUGUCGAAUUUAUUAUCAUUAUUUUUUUUUUGGUCUGGGGUCGUUUGUCCAGCCUCCGGGUCCGGGAUGACACAACCAGCGUUAGAGACCGUUGGAGGAAGAGGAAGAGGAAGGAGAUGAUGAUGAUGGUGGUGGUGAUGACAUGCAGUUAGCUGGCUGCCUGGCUGGCUGACUGACCGUCGGACUCGCAGUGUGUGAGGAGGUGUCCCCCCACCACCGGAGCAGGAGCGGGGCCGAGGAGAGGCGAGGAUGCCGCGGAGGAAACAAUCCAACCCUCAGCCGGUGAAAUGUGAGUUUAACUGCUCACUCUCAGCCAUUUCAACUAUUCUCGUGUUCCAUUUACAACUGUUAGAUGAGUGUCUGAUUCAAAGAAAGCCGUUCUUGGUGUUUUCCUCUCAUAAAAAAUACUAUUUUUGUAAAGUUUUCCUUAAUUUUUCCAAGUGAAUAACCUUAUCAAACGUUGCCUAACUGGCCUAACAUAUUGACUUUACAGGCUCGGUCUCUUCCUCAUUGUGUGUCAGGGAGGAAGACUGCUGGAGACAUGUUGUCCUUUAAGUGGACAUGUUUGUGCGUUAUCUCAUCCUGAAUGUUCUGGCUCGGUUGGACUCUCCACUUCCUCUCUUCCUCCUCCGUCAGUGACUUCCUCUUCGCAGCCCCCUGUACCUGACCUCCCUUUGCUCCCUCCUCUUCCUCUCAUCAGUCUUCCUCUCUUUUUUUCACUUUGCUUCCUGUUUGACUUUACUCUCAUUCUCUCACUUUUGACUUGUGCAACCUCACUUCACCUCUAUCCCUGCUCAUUUAUAAGGGGAAUAAGAAUACAAAAAUACAAAGAAUCCAAAUCCCAAAGCUCCAAACAUAAAUUAUACAUGAAUACUACAGAUGGAUGAGUUCCUGUGUGUACAGUUGUAUGUUUUAAUUCAUGAGCAAACAUAAAACCGUGCAAAAACAUAACCAAAGGUAAAUAGUUUGGUGAAUAACAGACAGUGUAGUUACACCACAUCCUCCAGGGAAAGUUUUGAAAGUCUCCGUAGGAAAGAAUAAAGAAAGUAAGAAAAGACAAGACAAGGUUUGAGAAAGCCCGUCUAAAAACACACUUUUAUUCCUUGGCACUUGUUUUAUUGCUUUUUAAUGUAUUUUAAAACAACUAUCUGAUUUUGUUUUAUGUUUUUAUGUUGUCACAUACAACACUUUUUGUCAGCUUUGGUUGUUUUUGAAGUGCUCUAUAGAUAAAUUUGAGUUGAGUUGAGCUUAAAAACACAGUGUACGAUAAAUAAGAACAGAUGUAACGUGCAUUUGUUUUUAUUUCUCUUUUGUUUUCAGUUGCUUGAUUCAUCUUGUGGUUUUAGAGGCUUUACGGUUUCAGUCAGGUUUCUCUGAGUAAGUGAUGUAUGACUUCACUUUCAUAAUAUAGGACUUUUGGUUUUCGUAAAGUGGAUUUAAAAAGCUAUUCUACUCAACAGAUUUCCCCUAUAUACUAUGAAAGGUAUACUCCAGCUUACAGUACGCCGCUCACAUGUCAUCAUGUGUAUGAGACAACAGAGAACAUUUCAUAGAUUGAAAAUCUGAUCAAUUUGGGGACUAAUUGAAUUGUUUGUCAAGAUUAUCAUUAUUUGCAGCACUGUUAAAAUAAAUCUUUAUGUAUAGAAUUGUAGAAAGACGCUCUAAAUGUGUGUCGAAACUGCUUGCUCAGCUUGACCAGCAGUUCAUUACUCAGAAGUAUUCAGCUGACUUUUAAACAUAGAAAACAGCAACACAGGAAUGUUGGGUGGUUUUAUUAUAAAUGCCUGAUUUAAAUGAUUAAAAGAUUAACAAAGCAGAAGUAGAUUAAUUUUCGGUCACACAAUUUAUCAAUAAAUCAAUUGUUGUAGCUUUUGUAGUGUCCUGCUGUGCAGUCAGGCGCUUGGUGUCAAAUAUUUUAAUUAUGAUCCUCUUUGUUUACCGUAGUAUGGCAGCCCUGCAUGAAGUCAGUUGUCAAAGUCGGUGAAAAAUCAGUCAUCUCUAAAGUCUAAAGACCCAAAUGACUGCACUUUGAGUCAUUUUCUCCUUUUUUCUCACCCCCCCCCCCCUUCUCCUUUUCCUGUUUCUGACACUCACCACCUCAUUCAUCUCCAUGCCAACUCUUCCCACUUUGCACUUAUCUCAUCCUCACUGACUUCCUUUGCUUGUCUUGUUUGUGAUUCACUCCCUCACUUCCUCUGCACCCCUAUUUUUGUCCAUCUUUUACUUGUCUUGAUCAUGUCUCUGCUUUCUUUUUUAUUUUUGUUGAUUUUUGUCAAACCAUCCAAUUAAUUGUCUUGGCAUGAUUUCAGUUUUCUAAGUUCAAACAAUUCCGGUCUCUCUCUAGUUAAAUGAUAAUCAAAAUUGAAGUCUCUCUUUUCCAAGUGUAGACCAAGAGGUACUUCAAACACCAGGUUUUGUUUAUUGAUAAUUGUGGAUUAACUGUGUUUGUGAAAAAUAAAAUGUGGGUAUAAAUUUAGUUUGCUCUCUUGUACAUGGAGUUUUUUAAGGAGAUAAAAGUAAAGGGUGUGUUUCUCUGUGUGUGUCCAGUGGAAUCAGAGGAUGGGGUGGUGGUGUGUGAGCAGGGCUGCCUGGUCCUGGAGAGUGACUUCCUGCUGAGUGGAGAGCUGGAGUUUGGAGACUCAGAAAUCAUAGGGCUGGAGCGAGAAGCAGGUUAGAAACAUAAAUACACAAACGCACUCUUGUUUUGAACACUGAAGUAUAUGCAGAAGGUCUGAAAACUGGCAAAAGUGACUUAAAUAUGUCAAAUGAGUUGAAUUGUUGUAUUUUUGUUUGAUCCAUUCUUCAGGUAUGACGGUGUUCUCUCUUAGCGUGGAGGAUGACCCUUCAGCACCAGCAGAUUCCACCUUCCCUGCUUUCCUUACCUGCAAAGGGUGUGGUCAGCUCCUGGGAAACACACCUCUGGGGGCAGGUUUAGAUCUAGGUAAAUGUGUAGUGGAGUAAAAAUACUAGACAGAAAUACUGAGAGUGAAAGUUUUCACUCUAGCUACUCAGCCAUCUUCUGCUUCGAUACAAAGUCUCAAGUGUUUUGUUCCAGGUGUCGGCUUGGACCUGGGGGCUGAGCUUUACUGUAUGACCUGCGAGGAAGGCCUUCAGCAUGAAUCACUGAUCGAUUCUUCUCAGGUGGAGGGGUUAAAUCUGUCUGAUAGAUCCAUCUGUGGGGCCUCUGACAGGAAACAGAGAAAUGUAAGUAAGAUGGGCAGAGCCGGUGAUGUCCCUCCUAAACUGUACUCCUGCUCGCUGUGUGCCUUCACCUCACGCUACUCCAACCAUCUGAAACGUCACAUGAGGACUCACGACGGCCAGAAGCCAUACCGCUGCCCUGUCUGCCCCUACGCCUCGGCCCAGCUUGUUAAUCUGCAGCGCCACGCCCGCACUCACACGGGGGAAAAGCCGUACUGCUGCCAUCAGUGCAACUACGCCUGCAGCUCCCUAGGAAACCUGCGCCGACACCAGCGCAUGCACACACAAGAGAGACAACCGAGGAGGGAGAAAGAGAAGAGACGAGGGAGACGGAAAAAGACAAACACUGAAACAGAAGAUGGUACUAUUCUCACCGAGUUUCAAUUUUAAUCAGAAUUUGUGGUAUUUUUAACAGAGAGUCCAUAUCAGAGAGCGAAAAAGCUUGGAAAAAGUUCACCGUAAAGAAAGCUGUAAAAAUAUUACUUAACUUGAAUUAACUGCCAUCAGAAGAGGAACAUUAGCGGAAAAAAUACCCAGUGUCAAAUAUCCUGCACAAACCAGUGCAACAAAAUGAAAAAUGCUUCAGAUAGUUUGAUUUAGUGUUGUCAAAAUGUAAUGUUAGAUACAUUUGUGUGAAAAACAACAGAAACAAAUAGUGGUUGAGUUAACGUUGUCUGAAAAAAGUGGGAUCACAACUAAAUCCAUGAAACAGUGAAUGGGCAGUGUUAAAUAAAUGUAUUCCUGUGGGACAUUAAAACAAUAUGCUCAUUUUGGGUUCAUGGUGGCAUUAGGUGUGAGCUCUGAAGGGGAAAAUGUAAAAGCACCGAGCAGAGCAGAAAGAGGAACAAACGAGGCGAAACUGAAAGACUUAAAAACAAAAUGAGGAAGAGAAAUUCUGUCCGGUUGAGUGCUGAUAGACUCAAAGUUAACUUCUUUAGGAGUCAGCUGUCUCAUAAGCACAUUUUAAUGUGGAAUCUAAACUUUUCAGGGUGUAGUCUUUCAAGAUAACUGAGUGAAAUAGAAACAAAUGUAUUUGUUUCAAAGGUUUCAUUUAGGUGGUUAAACUACAAGUAAAAACAGAUUGUAUUAUAUUUGAAGAGGAGUACAUAGACCAAAAGGGGAAGUUUGAGCCUGAGAUGGAUGAGUGUAUUUUGGUUUCUUCUCAUUCUUAAGAACUGCAGUAAGUUUCUUUUAGGGCUAUUUUCAGUGAUGAUUUCUAUGUUUCUGAGGUUAACUAAAAGAAAAAGCAGAGGUGUAUUCAGAUUAAAACCCGGGAAGGAGAUGUUCUGUCUGAUUUUUAAAUACUUUCUUCUCUGUUUUUCCUCCACGCAGUGAUGUCAGACUUGACCUUGAGAGUGUCCCAGGACACCGGAUACCUUCAGACAUAUGGAGCCCUCGGCUCUCCCUCCGCCCCACUCCCUGUCCUCCUCUUCCCCCUGUGCUGCCGGCUAUGUGGCCUCACCCUGGAGGAGGGGGACCUGGAGGGAGACAAGGCUGAAGGGGAAGGAGAGGCUGAUGGGGGGCAGGUAUAUCUUACAAACUAAAACUUUAAUCACUGCAGUUUCUUUUCACGAUAGUUAGGAUCCUUUUUGAGGAUUUUAAUUUGGGCUUCAGUCAAGGGGCUUAUUGUUUAUUGUAGAGCUGAACUGAAAAAAUGAGAAACAAAUACUCAAAGUUUCAUGAUGUACAAAAAAGAGCAUAAAUCUGAGUCAGGUAAAGAACAGUCUGACCUCUUUGUCCUCUCAGGUUUUCUCAGUUAGGUUUUUUUGAAGCUCAAGAGUCAGGGUGGAGCUCAGAGGAGUUUUCUAUCUGAAAAUUAAAGUACUAAUGUAGACUGAAGGGUCAUGUAACAUUGGGACUUUAUCCUCUUAUUAAUUUACAGGUGUGUCGGCGAUGCUCUUUGGACCUGCUGUCUAAAGAUGAAUCGGAACCCCCGUGUAGCCCAGCAGUGCCCCAGGGGUCCAGACGAGGUCAGCGUGGCACAAAGUUGUACCGCUGCCCUCUCUGCCCCUUCCUGUCCCAUUACCCCAAUCACCUGGCCCGCCAUGCCCACAUCCACUCCGAGGAGAAGCCCCACCGCUGCCCUCACUGUCCCUACACCUCGUCACAUCUCGACAACCUCAAACGCCACCUGCGUGUGCACACAGGAGAGAAACCCUACCAGUGCCCAUCAUGCAGCUACGCUUGCGGCAACCUCGCCAACUUGCGGCGACACGAGCGCAUUCACUCGGGCGCCAAACCAUUCCAUUGCGGUGUCUGCGGCUACUCCUGCAACCAGAGUAUGAAUCUGAAGAGACACAUGCUGCGGCAUACAGGAGAAAAGCCGUACGCUUGCGCUGAGUGCAACUACACGACAGGCCACUGGGACAACUACAAACGCCACCAGAGGAAGCAUGGACACAACACAGACAGCUGGGACAAACAUGCGCCCAUCAACAGCCUCAGCUGGGCCACAAAUGCUCAGGAGGGCCAGGAGAAGGAACAUAACUAGAUACUGAGUGUGUGCGUGUGCGUGUGUCUGUGUAUGUGUGUGUGUGUGUAUGUGUGAGUGUGUGUUUUAUACACUGGUGAACCUUCAGCUCUGGUUGGAGAUAAACUCAGGUGCCUUUGACAGACUGAACGACUGUAACUGCACUGACUUUAUCGAGAGGCAUGAAUAGUUUCUCUCCACAGAAUGAAUCUGAUCAACAUGAAAUUCUUAUUUUUCCUCUACAGAUGGUCUAUUUUUUUGUAAACAUGGAUGUUACUUUUUUUAAGGGUGGAUGAUCAUCUCACGGUCUUAAUUUGAUGCCUGUGCAGGGUUAGACUUCUUAACCUACUUCUCUGAUGUUUACCCGAGUCCGAUCUUUGGAGGCAGGAUUAAAAAUGGGGUAGAAUAUUUUCCCACAAAACGAUGUUGCGUUUUAGUUAUAGUCAUGCAAAAUAAGCACAGAUUCAAAGCUGUAAAUUCUAUUUCUUUUAAAUUACAAGCUCAGCCAUUGAUUUCUUUGAUUGUAACCGUAAAACUUAAAGCCUUUUGGAAUUUUUUUACUGAAUUUUUUAAACUUAAGGAAGUGACAUGACGAGUAAACUAACAGAAACCGUGUCAGACUGCAUGCCCAGAACAGGCGACUCAAGCUGAUUACAUGUUUUAAGUUGGAAAAAGUAAGUCACAGAAAAACAACAUUUUAAGUCUUAAAAUGGGACAUUUUCUUGCAGGGAAACAAAAUUUUUGUUUCUCUUUGUUUCUUAUGAUUAUCAUCAGGGAAGGCGCGGGAAUGCAGUCUAAAUAUUUGACUCCUUAAUUCCUACUUUAUUGAUGAAGUACUCGGAUCCUUAAUCUCAUAUCUCUUAAUUUCUAAAUGCUAUAAAAUUCCCACAUUUAAAGACACCUCUGUGUGGAUGAUGAAGAAUGCACAGGAGACUUGUUGCUUAAAUGGACUGGGUAUCUUGUUAAAAUCUUUUCACAAAUGAGGAGAAACUUUUCGAUUCUUUAGACAAGGCGUUGAAAUCUUGAAUUGAAAACCUCAGAUCUGGGCAAGAAGACCCCCAAGAUUUUGAUCCUUUUCUUAGUAAGUCAGAAUAAGUUUAACUGAAAUGUAGCGAUAAUCUGCCAGUUUACCUCUCAGACAUCAAUUCAGGGAAAAGUAGAAAGUAUUUCUGAUUUUAUGAAAACCUCCAGUUUUCCAUCCAUCAUAGAGAAACUUGGUAUUUUUCUGUUUUGUUUUAGCAUUAUUCAGUAGAAUUGACUUUCAUUAAAACAUUCACCUUGGUCUUUUUUCAGGCAUAAUUACUCAUGCUAAGUAAAAAAAAAACAAACAGAUAAUGUAGCUUUAUAUUAAUCCCCAGGUUUAGGAAGCAGCGUCACCUCGGUCAAAACCAAACAUCAAAACUGUGAAUAUUUUUGUUGUAGAAAAAUGUUGGAAUAAACGAAGCCGGCUGGAUUUGUGAAUGUCUGAAAGCACCACUUACACGUGUUGGUGGCGUUUAUAAAUGAAUGUAUGUGUUUAACAAGCAAUAACUCUAAACAUGUAAGACUUGUGUUUCUUUUGAGAUGUGUUUCAGAAAAAGAUGAAAUCGUUUAAACACAAGAAAUCAAAAUACCUAAUAGCUGAAUUAAAGACUUUAAUAUUCUUUUAGACAGUUAAUGAAGACGGGUUAGUCUAGCUCAACAAAAAUACUGGAAGCUGGGGGGAAUAACUUUUUAUCAUGCACUCCCUUUUUUGGAUUUGCACACAAACAGAAAUAAAAAACAGGGAAUUUUCA